AUGUCCAAUCUAGUAACCAAGUAUGCUGUGAACCGUCAACUGUUACGUUCUAGUCUUUUCAAAUCCACUAGUACUUCUUUGAAGAAUAUCCGUCCAUUGUCUUCCACUACUCCUCGUUCCAACGAAAAGACUCCUGUGAGUCCUUCCAUCAAGGCCACAUCUAUUAUCAACAGUUUACCAGGAUCUUCUAUAUUAUCCAAGACCGGUAUCUUAGUUACUGGUGCAGCUGCCAGUGUCUAUGCUAUCUCCAAUGAAUUGUAUGUUAUUUCCGAUGAAAGUAUCCUUGUAUUGACCUUCCUUGGGUUUAUGGGUUUGGUAGCCAAAUAUAUCAGUCCAUUAUAUGGUGAUUUUGCCAAUGAAAGAAUGAACAAGGUCAGUUCUAUCUUGAACUCAUCUAGAGAAAAGCAUAUGAACGCUGUCAAGGAAAGAAUUGAAGAUGUCAAAAGUCUUGAUAGUGUUGUAGACACUACCAAGCUUUUAUUUGAUGUUUCAAGGGAAACUGUUGAAUUAGAAGCUGAAGCUUUUGAACUACAACAACGUGUUGAAUUAGCCACCGAGGCCAAGAGUGUUUUGGAUUCUUGGGUCAGACAUGAAGAUAAUAUCAAGAAAUUGCAACAAAAGCAAUUGGUUGCUAGUGUUAAGGAUCGUAUUGAAAGCAUGUUGGGCGAUUCUAAGUUCCAAGAACAAGUAUUGAACGAAAGUGUUACAGAAAUUGAAAAUUUGUUGCGUUAA